UAGUUACAUCACAUCAACCUCUUUCUACUGUUUUACAAUUCCUUCCUUCUGUUAGUUACAUUUUCCCCCCAUCUGAUUCUAAUUCUCAUGUAGAAUUCAACCCUUGUUCAAUGAACUUUUUGGGUCGUGCAUCCUAGCACACGGUUCGUAUAAAAUAAUGAUUCAUUUUGAGCAUCGUAGGCCACCCACAAGUAGUGGUAAAGUUUUUACGGUUAAAAGAAAUGGCCAUCGAUUACGGUUUUCAAUCGUGAGAGUAGCGUUGUGUUGUUUACAAAUGAGAAGUCCGAAGGCAGAGUCCGACGACAGGGACGUGACCAUAGCAAGAGGUGAAGAUGAAUUGCGUCCUGGUUUUCAGGGAUUGAAGUUUGACAGUGGAAGUGGUAGUGGUAAGAAAAAAAAAAGUAUUCACCCUCCGAUUGAAACGCAUUGGGAUCUGCAUUCAUCAACGUCAGGGAAAAAGUCUAAUUCGUCACCUAUCAAGUCACUCUUGUCAUUGUCAUUCCCGUUCAUGAAAUUUAGGAGGAGUAAAAGCCUUGUAAUGAUUCUAGAAGGAGCUCGUGAUCCCAAGGAUAAACAGAUUGUCGAGUCUUUUCGCGAAAUGCUUUUACAAGAAUCUCUCUUGCCACCUAAGCACGAUGAUUAUCACACUCUUCUGAGGUUUCUGCGCAUGAGGGAUUUCGACAUGUCAAAAUCCAAAGAAAUGUUCCAAAAUUAUCUCAAUUGGCGCAAGGAAUUUCGAGUAGACCAGCUUCCAAAGGAAUUCAAUUUCACGGAGUACAAUGAAGUGAAGAACUGCUAUCCUCAUGGAUACCACGCAGUUGAUAGAUAUGGAAGACCUUUGUAUAUUGAGAGAAUUGGGAUGGUAGACCUUAACAAACUGGGCCAAGUUACCACAUUUGAAAGGUUUAUCAAACACCAUGUGUUAGAGCAAGAGAAAACUCUCAAACUAAGAUACCCUGCAUGUUCUCUAGCGGCUAAAAGGCACAUAGCAUCCACUACAAGUAUCUUGGAUGUCAACGGAGUAGGAAUGUCUAAUUUCUCAAAGCCCGCAAGGUACCUCUUCAUGGAAAUUCAGAAGAUCGAUAGCUGUUACUAUCCUGAGACUCUAAAUAAGCUAUUUAUUAUUAAUGCCGGAUCUGGGUUUAGGAUGCUGUGGAAAGCAGUAAAGACAUUUCUAGAUGAACGCACAGUAGCAAAAAUUCAGGUGUUGGGCUCUAAUUAUCUCAGCGUACUGCUUGAGGCUAUCGAGCCGAGUAAUUUGCCAACUUUUCUGGGUGGUAACUGCACAUGUUCCGAUUAUGGAGGUUGUCUGAUGAGUGAUCGAGGGCCCUGGAAAAAUCCAGAAGUGUUGGAAAUGAUUCAGGCUGUUAACUUGAGAGAAGAGAUCGAUGGUAAAUGCGAGGAUGUUGAGGUGGCUACAGAAGAUUCCUCGAUGCCUAAAAAGGUUGAGAUGCAGACCAAAGAUGGCGAUAACACUUUGAGUCUGCUUGAGGAGACAGCGUGCGCGGGGUCAGACUCUGCAUGUACUUGUAGGUUAGCAAUGCAAAAAAUUGAUUGUCUUGAAGCUACUCUUGGAGACAUACAGAAUAAAAUCAAGACGCUGGAAGAUGCACUUCAAAAGACCAUUGUGCCAUCGAAAGAACAAGCACAGCAUUCCGAUCAACCAGCUGUAUAAAAGUGGGUAGUUUCAGCACUGUUGCAGCAGUAUGCUGUUGCAGUGAGUCUAUUGAUUUUUUCCCAAUUCUCAUUAUUGUAAUAUAUUGAAGUUUACAAGAUCUGCUUUGCUAAUAUCCUAACAUGCUCGUGGCAAAAAAUUCUACCAA